AUGACAUUGACUGCAAAUGCGGGUAUCAAGAAAUCAUUCCGUGCGCGAGCAUGCGAGAAUUGCCGGCUGCGAAAGAUCCGAUGUGACAAGGAGUCACCAUGUUCCAGCUGUAGUACGCUGGAUAUAGCAUGUAGCUCCGCUGGAUCCUCGAGCGCGUCUCGAGACCGGCCAGCCCAGCCUCAGCCUCGAGCAGCUUUGAACCAGUACGAGCACAAAAUCGACCUGAUCCAAGAACAAUUAUCUGCAUUACAACGCACAGUCCAUGAUCUAACCCGGCCGUCUGUUCCGGCUGCAGCUCCGAAUCCACCGUCAUAUCAAGUCUCCUCGACGCCGGCGUUCGAGGGGCAAUCGUCUUUUAACAGUGAAACGCGUCUUGCAAGAGAUGUUGCGUAUUCGGCUGUUGCAGGGCUGCACAGCGAUAGACCGAAUGAGGAUGUUUCUGCUGCUCUGGCGUCGCUGAAACAUAGCUUGGAUAAACAUAAUCCAGCGCAGCCACAGGCGGAGAGACAGGUUACUGAUUCUGUGCAGUUGGGGGAGCAGUUAUUACCGGUUGCGUUCGUCGUUGCUGUUGUUAAGAAGAUUAAAACACAACCACCAUUCUGCCUCGUCAGUCAUUCGUGGCGAGAUUACCUGCAAAUCGAAUCCCUCUGCCAGUCGAUUUACUUCCCCUCUGCUCCGGUCCCGGCUGGUUCGCUUACACUCUUGCAUGGACUGCUCUACUUUGUCAUUCGUGAUUAUCUGCACGAAGAUGACCCCGAUCUUGCCAAGUUCGAUGCCUCGACGUAUUGCAAGUUCUGCGAGGAUCGCUUUUCCGCUGGUCUCAAGAGUUAUGAGAUGAUGAUGGACCCAACACUUGAGAAGAUUCAAGCUCUUCUUCUUGGGGUAAUACAAGCACAAGAAGAAUCCAAUAUCCAGCUUUGCUGGACAUAUCUCGCAUUGGCGUUCAACAUGUGUCAGACUAUGGGAUUGCAUAGACGGGGUACUCUCCAGCACGAGUCCUUGGCUCUGGCUGAAGUGAAACGUCAUGCGUUCUGGUCGUUGUAUACCGUUGAUAAGCAUAUAUCUCUCAACUUAGGGGUUACGUCGCAUUUUCAAGAUCAUGAUAUUGAUGCGGAUUUAUUUACGCCAUCGGAUAAACCGCAGCAGCUUCCGUGGGAUGUGAUGACUCUUGUUACCGUCGAGUUUUCGAGACUCCAAGGACAGGUUUAUGACCGGUUAUAUUCUACAUCUGCUUCGAAUGCGAAUGUAACCGAAAGGUCUGAGACCAUCGAGAAGCUAUCUAGUGACUUAAUGGCAGUACGGGAUAAGCUACUGGCAAUCGAUGUAAGCCAAGGCCUCUACGCCGACUCGCUUCACGGAAUGGCCGCGUGUGCCGAUUUUAUCACUUAUUCUAUCCAAACCAUAAUCCACCGCGCUCAGACCCGUCCUAGCAAUGCAAUGGCUAUAUCAACCAAAUGCUUCGACGCGGCUACGCUGGCGUUACAAAGCCACCUCAAAUGUUUUGCGUAUUUCCGGGACCGAAAGAUCCAUAAACAAGCCGAAUAUGUCAACUGGAUCCUUCUCUAUCCUUCCUUUACACCGUUUGUCAUCGUCUUCACCCACGCCAUAACAACCGCCUCCCCAACCUCCCUCACCCUCCUCCACGAAACGGUAACAUCCCUAGAUCUAAUCAAAACCCUCUCCCGCGGCUCCCUCCACCUCUACGAAAUCUGCACCGCCUUCGUCAAAACUGCCCGGGCCCUCCUCGACUCCUGCCAAACCCUCACCGGCCUGGAACAGCAUCAUGAUGGAUUAUUGCUUGCGCAGGCGGAUGCUGGGAUUAAUAUCUCGUUGCCGGAUGUUACUGGGACGGUGGAAGGGGGUAUGGAUGGUGGGUGGAUGAACAGUGCGGAUAUUGAGAUGUUUUUGAAUGAUUUUAUUGGGUCAAAUCGGUCUGCUAUGGAUAUUUUGGGGUCGAGUUAUAUGAGUUAG